AUUAUUUUCUAAAGCAAUAAAUUGUUUCACCGUGUGUACAGUUUAACGUAAAUCGCUAUAAAUUCAUGCUUCACUAAUAUAGUAGCAAGAAAGAAAAAAAUAGUGAUAUACAGUAACCGAUCAAACAGCGGUAGAAAACGUGUGUUCUGGUUGUGCUGUUGUGUGUGAGAAUAGAAAACACGCACCAGUGUGUUGAAAUCCUCUCGCAUCCUCUACAACUCGAUAACGAUCUUGUACAAACGAAACAGCUAAAUAAAAGUGUGUAGAAGCAAACUAGUAACUAGUGUGCGAAUUUUUAGUAUUCUAGUGUAUGCGCGUGUGGGUGUUUGUGUUUUUUGAGAAGAAGAAAAAAAAUUAUUUCCCGAAGAAGAGUGUAAAUUUCGUACAAGUUCUUGCAAGAAAUAGGAGUAACAGUUCGCAACGAAAGCGAUUGCAAUUCCGGUGAGUGUGACGAUCGAUUUUGUGUGAUUCCCCUUCGUUCGCCUGCAAGAAACAAAAACCCCGGAUCGUGCAGAUUGCAAGGAGCAUCUGAACCGCAGACUCCAUAUCGCAAAGUGAAUACAGACCCGUGAAACUUCUUGCGCGAGUUGUGAUCUCUAAACGAUCGACCGUCAACUGUGCGCAGCAUCCACUCCUGUCCACUUCCCGCUACGGUCAAUCCUCAUCCUGUCUCUAAGAUAUGAUAACAGCAGGAUCGAGACAGACCCUUCCAGACCGAGCUUAGCUUGUGUGUUAGACCAUCCUGACUAAGUACUGAUCAUGACCGACGCACUCAAAAUGACGGACAUGCAGCAGCGCGCCAGUAUCGAGUACGAGCGGCAGCGCCACCUAGCGAACUGGUUGAUCGAGUCGAGCCCGCACAUGCCGAAACCGACCGCCGCCCAGCAAAAGCAGCUACAGCAACACCAACAGCAAUUGCAGCAACAGCAACUGCAACAAUUGGCCGGCGGUGCCAUUACCACCAAACAGUCCAAAGCGGCCGGGAAGCUGAAGCAAAGUCCCAUGUUUCUGCUGGCAAAGAUUGGCCACAACAUGAACCUAGCCGUGGGUGGAGGCGGUACCGGUGGCGGCGGUGGUGGUGGUGGUGGAGGUGGAGGAGUAGUUACCUCGGCUGGAAAUUCGCUCGUUGCCGGUUCCACCUUCAACUCCCAGACGAACCUUCCGCUACAGAUCCUAUCGCCGGGUGGUGGCCGUGAAGGAAACAAACCGAAGUUGCGCCGCUUCAACUCGCACGACACCAGCGCCAACAUGUUCUCGGUGGCGGAGUUCGAGAACGCCCGGAUGGCACGGCGCAACGAGUUGGAAAGUGCGGCCCUGCUGCGCCAAAGAGCUCGCUACAAGCUUAACUCCCUUUCCUCUGGUGGUGGUGGUGGUGGUGGAGGAGGACAAGGUGGAGGUGGUGGCGGUGGCGGAGGAGGAGACUGCUCAACCGGCGAAAGCAAGGGUUCGAAGCUGAGCUCCAGCGAGUCAACCACCGAGCCACUGUUUGCGGAACAGUUUCUCGAGCGUUUCUCACUGCCCCGUGUAAUCCGCCUUUCGUACACAUCAUCGUCCUCCACCUCUCCGAUGCCGGGCGGUGGCAAUGGUCAGCAUCACGGCGAUCAGACGAUGACCUCGUCCAGCUCGGCAGAAUCGAGCAGUACGGCAGAACGGCCCAGCAGCGGUUCGAAAGUGUCGAAGUCGAAAAAGGGCAAAGGUUCGGCCACGAUCGGUGGCGAUCUGUUUCUGCUGUACCGGUAUCUGCGCAACUACCGGAGCUACCACGUGUUCAACACCAAGGCGGGAACCAGCCGGAAGAAGGGCUACAAGAUACCGCACGAUUUUCCCGGUUAUUUCUCAUUCAUCAACGACAAGGGCGCACCGACGGCAACCGUGUACACGACGAUCGUACAGCUGGUGCGGGAUCAAGUCUACAAGUUCCUGUCACUGGACAACCUUUCCGCGUACACCGAAUCGCACGAUAACUUUAGCCACAAAACGCACUACGUGAAGGCGACGGCAAAGGCGGGCCAGGUGUACCGACUGUUGGCGGUGUUCCAGGACGGAGAUCACAAAUCGGCCACGUCGCCCUCUAGUCACAAGGAUGCGUCAGCCGCCGGUAACGGUAACGUUGGUGGACGGGAGAAAGAACGGGGCAAGUACGCGCAGCUGUUGGAUGACAAUCGUCAGAUCUAUUACGUGUCGCUGUCCGCCAAAGGCAAGUUCUACGAGAUCGAACAGCACAGUGCACCGGUACUGCAGAAGUACACCAACUUUGGCAACCACCAUCAGCUGCACAGUCUGAACGGGAACAACACGAGCAGCAGCAGCGUGGGUACGAACGGGAACCAAUCAGCCCAGCAGCAACAGCAGCGAAAACCGAAACAGCUGAGCCGGGAUUGUGUGCAUCGGAUCGGGUUCAUUAUGCAGUCGGAUCCGUGUCUACCGUUGAACCUGAAGCUCAUCUCACCGCAGACGGGAGCAAACUCCUCCACCGUACCUGAGUACGUGACGAUCGCAAAGAUCAGCGAGGAGAACUUCCUGAUUGCGUGCCCGCUGGAUGAGCAGCACCUAACGACGACACUGACGCUGACGAAGCUACACCUAACGCCCCAGAUGAAGUUCGCCAAGUGUACGAUGGGUUUCGAGAACGAGCAGCACAUGUUCCUGAACGCGAACGUUCAAACCGUGCUGAAGUUUUGCCAGUUCAAUUGCGAUAACUUCCUCCGUGUGGUCGAUCACGAAACAAACGCGAUCGAGCUGCAGCAAAUGACGGCAUUGUCCAUUGGGCAGCAGCAGUCGCUUACCUUGACGUCAAACACCACGACAACGACCGGUCCGAGUUCCCUCGGAUCGAGUGCAAGCGGCGGCGGCGGUGGUGGUGGUGGUGGAAAACACGAAUCAAAGGGAGGUUCCGAUGUGCUUCGAAGGUUUGGCCGCCUGUUUGGUGGUGGAUCGGGUGGUGGAAACGAUCGAAACGGGUCCGGCCACGAAAAGGAAGAUUCCAUCAUAUUUUUAAGUAAAAAUGAUCUGGAAAGUCUCGAAUGCGGUGGUCGAGAGCUGGGCGGAAUGGACGGCGGAGAUCACCAUCACCAUCAUGCAUCGCUGCACCAAACACAACACCACCACAGCCUGGUGGACGAUCGAACACUCGGAGGACGUUCGGACAGUGCGACCGAACCGCACUCCCUUCCGAUGCCAAGCUACCGGAGUGAGAAGAUGAAGGUAUUUGCUUCGCCAAAUGGUAAAAGCAAGGGUACCACACCGACAACGGCUACAUCUUCCUCGUCCAGCCGAUGGUUCCGUGGGUUUGGAAGCCGAUCGAGCGCGAACGAGUCCGUAUCGGCCGAUGACGAGUGGGACAAACGGACAAGCCUGGACCGGUACCGGGACAUGUCGAAACUGAUCCAGGAACGGUUCGGUACGCUCGGUAUGCUUUCGCUAUCGUCACGUGCGGCGAGCACCGAUCGGAUCGGUACCUUCGAUGAUGGUACGAUCGUAAGCCACGAUCCGGGUUCCUCGGUCGCUAGUGUCGGCGCACGGGAAAAGUGUCUCUCGCUGCAGCACAUCGAGCAGAAGAGCAAACCGGAUCUGGUACCGCCUCACCAUGUGGCUGGCAGCGGUGACGAGACGCCGGUGUUGCGCACCGUCGAUGAUGACGAUGACAAUGGCAGUGAGCUGACGGCAUCCGAGCUCGGGGACACCAUAUUCUUCCCGCUGCGUCACAGCACCAACCAGCAAUCGUUCAUGACGCAGAAGCUGUACAGCGAGUUUCACGUGAAGACGAAACAGUACAGCAAAUCAUCGUCCAGCAUCCAGCACCUGCUGCAUCUGGCCGGGAAUGGGAAUCGAUCCGCCAGCAACGAGUUAGCGGUCGGUAAGAAAAGCGCACUGAAGAACCGCUUCCGAAACGGUGGAACAAAUCACGAUCGUAAUCACGGCAGCAGUGAGGUUGUGCUUUCGUUUGAGGAUCUUCGCUACAUGAACAGUGUGUGCGAUGAAGCGGAGGAACGAAUGCACGGGUCACGCCCAUCAUCGAUGGUGGUGAUGAAGGAAAAGCGCCCAAAAACGGUUUCCCUUCGGGAACCUCUAGCGGCAGCAAGCGAACGGACGAUACUGGACGAUUUACCGUACAGCAGUGUGCGUGAUUCGAUCGUGCUGCAGGAAGGUGAUUCCGAUCAGGACAGCAGCUCCGUACCGGCGGAGAGCAUUUAUGCGGAAAUUUGUACCGAGCAUGUGGCGGCGAUGGCCAACGCUAACGGUAGCAGUCCAACGCCACCACUGCCACAGAAACCGAAACCAGCGCACCACCAACAGCAACAGCCAGAGAAACGGUUUGUUAGCAUCCGGAUCAAUGUACCACCGUGCGAUAGUGUCGCUGCCGGUUCGGUUAGUCUUAAUCCGGCCGGUGCCAAUGCAACUACUGUCACCACCACCGCGAGCCCUAGCAGCACCGCUACUAGCAGCUGCAACAGCAACACCAGCAGCCGCUGCUCGUCGGCCGUUUCUAGUCCGAUGGAAGACAACAUUUACAACACGAUCAAAUGAUGUGUUGGCGCCUGUUGUGUGUUGGAAAAGACGACGACCAAAGUAUUACCGGAAUUUGUGAUAAACCUUCCCAUUCCGUUUGGUAAAGCGGAAGAGGGAACCCGGGGAUAAGAAAAGGAAUAGGUGCUGUAAAACCGAAAACCAUACCGGCAAAUGGUGAAAACAAACACAAAAUUAGAUUGGGAGAUAAAAGUUUUAAGCGUUUAAAAAACGAUCACGUAUUAUACAAAGAGGUUCGGAAGAUGUACUUAAUCAGCUAGGAAGACACUGAGUCGUGUGUAUGUGUGUGAGAGAGAGCGAGUAAGGGAUGUAGCGUUUAUUAAUCCUAGCGAUAAUCACGAACGGUAGUAGUUACAGACCAACCAGGGGUCCUCAGAGCCGCAUCCGUUUACUCUUCUGCUAGACCUUUGGACACCGAGCCAGGACCGGAUCGACAGGAUGUGCAUGCAGUGGUCAAUUACGCGUGUACAGGAAUGUCCGGUGUUUUACUGCGCAUAGUAAUCAAAUGUAAAAAAAUAAAUAAAUAAAACUUUGUGAAUCACGAGAUACCAGCACCUACCCCGGAAGAAAGCAAAAUUUGAAACAUGACAAAAAUGAAGAAAAAAAAGGAUAGUUAUAGUAGAUAUAACGUUGGUUGAAAAGCACAUGUAAAAUUAAAACGCACACGCGUGGGUAUCGUUUAAAGCAGGCGAAUUAUUUAAUAGAGGAAACAACGAUCGAACUAAUUGUUGUUGUAGCUGUGUAGAGUGUGAAAUGCGAGGUCAACCAAGGAGUUAAGGAAGGAGAGAUAAAGAAACAGAGGAAGAGAGAAGGAGGAAUGUUUUUGAACCUCAAUAAAAAUGUCCUUGAUUGUAAGAGUGUAA